CGGCCAGCGUGAAAACAAAUUUCUGUGAGGUGGCCGUUCCUCGAUUUUCCAAACUCCGCGUACAGGCCACUUUUGGUGGCGGUCGAAGUUGGGUUUACGUUACUCGAUAUCGGUUCUCCACCGUAUCGAAUCCGUUUGUUUUGCUUCUACUCGUUGCCCCUAGCCAGCUUCUACGGCCGUGCACCGCGGAAAGUGUGUACGUCAGCAACGAAGAUAAGCACUACAGUGUUCGGGUUGAAGCCGUAGAGCUACGUGAGGGAUAGUUUCCAGAGAUCCGUAGACUGUAGACGAGUGAAACGAUGGCCGAGGUAGUGGAGGAAGUGAUCGCCCAGGUGCAGGAGAACUUAACGGCCACGGAGACGGAAGGCGCGACGACGAAUGCCACCGGCAAGAUACCGUCCACCCCGGAGGGCAUGGCGUUGGCAUAUGGGACGCUGGUGGUGAUGGCCAUGCUGCCCAUCUUCUUCGGUUCCGUCCGCUCGGUGAAGCACCACAAGGAACAGAAGACGGCGUUCCAGAAGACGGGCGAAAAACCGGACACGAUGUCUUCACACGACGCGAUGAUGUUCCCGAUCAUGGCUUCCUGCGCGCUUUUCGGCUUGUACAUGUUCUUCAAGAUCUUCUCGAAGGAAAACAUCAACUUCCUGUUGACCGGAUAUUUCUUCUUCCUGGGUGUGAUGGCCCUGUCGCAUCUGCUAAGUCCCGUCAUCAGCUCGCUUAUACCUGCCUCGAUACCGAAGAUCCCGUACCAUCUUUCCUUCGUGCAAGGACCAGCAGAAGGGGGUGAAAAGAAGAGCAAGGAAAAGCGAUUCCUGAUCGAUUACCGUUUUACGACGCACGACAUUGUCUGCUUCAUCGUGGCACUGGUGAUUAGCGUUUGGUAUCUGCUACAGAAGCACUGGAUCGCCAACAACCUGCUCGGAAUCGCUUUCGCCGUAAAUGGUGUGGAAUUGCUGCACCUGAACAACGUCGCCACCGGCUGCAUUCUGUUGUGCGGUCUAUUUGUGUACGACAUCUUCUGGGUGUUCGGUACGAACGUCAUGGUAACGGUGGCCCGUUCCUUCGAAGCUCCGAUCAAGCUAGUCUUCCCUCAGGAUCUCAUUACGAAUGGACUGUCGGCCUCUAACUUUGCCGUGCUCGGUCUCGGCGAUAUUGUUAUCCCCGGUAUCUUUAUUGCCCUGCUGCUUCGCUUCGACAAUAGUUUGAAGCGCAAGAGCAACACGUACUUCUACGCGACGUACAUCGCCUACUUCGUUGGCCUGCUGGCAACGAUCUUCGUGAUGCACGUGUUCAAGCACGCACAGCCUGCCCUGCUGUACCUGGUACCGGCCUGCCUCGGUACACCGCUGCUGUUAGCCUUGCUCAAGGGUGAUAUUAAAAAGCUAUUGGCAUACGAAGAUCAUCCGGAAGAAAAGACGAAAGAGGGAUCGAAGAAGGAUGCAGAGAAGAAGGAGCCGCAGGCGAAAAAGGAAACGAAAAAGAAGGAAUCGAAGAAGGCUAAAUAAUUCUUCGAUCUCACACACCUGAUCCCGCCUGCUCCUCUGCCUCGUCAAUCUUCCUGCCUACCAGACGACCGGCUAUGCUUCCAUCCAUGAACGGAGAGAGUGCAUACAUUCAUUUGACGGCAGCAGCGGAUACCCGCUUUCCAGGUCAAUCUUUUAGAAGUAUUCCAGCGAGCAGGAAAGUCACAAAUAGCAACAUCUGCACAAACAUCUUAAAGCACUUCCUUUUCUAGUAGGAGGAAUCAGCUAUAGGGGUUCUAAUAAUAGUUAAGUUAGCGGGACGAGCUACAUCAAAACAAUAGCUUUUUCAAUCAAAUCUUAUCGAGCACCUUGAGCGGACAUUAUUUCGCUUUAUUUCACAGGACUGAAGAGAAUCUAGGAAACUGAAUUAGAUUCGUUUACUAAAUUACGAUUAUUUGUUUUUGUGGGAGGGAGUGAGCAUUCGAAUCGAAUACUGUCGUCAGCAUUAGGACAAGAGCAUUACAGGUCACACCGCGAGGAUGCAUUGGGCAGCAAGGUUGGCACGCGACCCUAGUGAAUUUUGAUAAACUAACGAAAGUGAAACGUGUGCACCACUGCCGUAAUGUGGUCACUUCAGGAUGGGCAACUACGGAGAACAUUUAUAGAGAUGGGCAAAGACAGUGAAGUAUUUUAAAAUCUCCGAAGAAUGCUUUACAAAAUAAACUGAAUGUUCGUACGUUGUAAACGGAACAAAGUGCAGCUACAUUCGU